UUCCGUUGAUUCCUGCUCUGCAUGCAAACUUGCUUAGCCUGUCUACUGUUCAACAAUCCCGUUUCAGUUCGCUGUGCGGUUACUUGUCAUUUUCACUCGAUUUUUAGUGGUAUUCUCGUGUGUGAGGUGUAAAUUAACUGUAAAUCAAUAUGAGCUGGCAGGAUUAUGUAGACAAACAACUCCUUGCCUCUCGUUGUGUAUCAAAAGCUGCUAUUGCAGGACACGACGGGAACGUUUGGGCAAGAUCCGAAGGAUUCGAUGUAUCAAAAGAAGAACUGCAGAAAAUAGUACAAGGUUUCGAUAAUCAAGAUAUCCUCACAUCAAAUGGCGUCACCUUAGCAGGCAAUAGGUACAUAUACCUCUCCGGUACAGACCGAGUAAUUAGGGCUAAAUUGGGUAAAUUCGGAGUACAUUGCAUGAAAACAACACAAGCCGUCGUCGUAUCUUUAUAUGAAGAUCCAAUCCAACCUCAGCAAGCAGCGUCAGUGGUAGAAAAGCUAGGUGACUAUUUAAUUACCUGCGGUUACUAGAGGUGCGCAGCCGCUGAAAGACGAUCACGCCAAGCGGUUCCGUAAUAAUAUAUAUAAAGUUGUAUUUUUUUUUUCAAAUAAUAACAGCGAACAGCAAUGUGUAUAUCGAGUGCAUCAUCAGUAUAAGUUUGAGUCUAGAGAACGUCGGUUUUGUGAAACAUCUUGUUUGAUUUUACCCAUAUUUAAUGAAUACUUUUAUUUUCUGGGGGUAGUGGAUUAUUUUAUAAGCAUGUUUCAAUCUUUUUACCAGCGUCUCUGCUUAUAAAAUGGUCGACGGCCCACUCGGUGACGUUCUGAAAUUUGUUUUUCGGUUUUUGUAGUGAAACAAGUUCUAGAAAAAUCAUUUAUUUAAUUUUGAAACUAUGGUCUCAUUAAAUCAUUAUUUUUUGAGAGAAUAUAAGGAUACAUAAAACUGAUUGGCGUGUUUUUCAAUUAACUAGCAUCGCUGUGCCAAGUGUUGAAGGACAUUUUUAAAUUAAUUUUAAUUUAAGCAUUUCGUGUUAGCUUUCCUCAAAACAUUGCUAUCUAUCUCAGAAAAUAUUUGAUACUGAAAACAAAAUAAUCGAGUUAGGAUUUUUAAUAAAAAAAAUCUCUAGUCCCGCUGUUAUCUUUCAUUCAAAUCAUCCCGAAACACAUCUCCCCCCCUCUCAAGUUCAUUGUAAUGUUAUAGUGUGAAAAAAUAGAUGGAUGUGAACAAAUGAAAACUUUACCGCGUGGAUCUGAACGGGGCACAAAAAAAAUGUAGACGUUAAGAGACCAUUCGGCUCAGCGGUAAGGAUUUCUGUUUCGAGCUACCCGUUGAUUUCAGCUUUUUUUAUUAACCAGUUCAUCUUCGCCGCUUAUUCCACUACCUCUUCCCCCCCACCAGUUCCCCCACCACGCGACGGUUGUUAUUCGGUAAAUUUGUUCGGUUUUCACAACGAAACUUUGUUUUCUAUUAUCCGCGUUUGAAUUGUGAUAAUUCUUUUAGAAUAGGUCGAAAUCAGUAUUUCUGGCUCCAACGAAUCGUCGCAGUUGCACCAAUCCAAAAACCCGGUAACACGUUUCGCUGAAUAACGCGGACCUCUUCAGGGUGGUCUUGCGGAUCUUGCGACACGUGUUACACGCUGCUGUAUCAUUGUUGUAAAGCGUUUGACGUUUGAAUGCUCAGAUUGUCCUAUAUUGUAAGUCAUUAUAAUUUUUUUUUACUUAUUGUUUUCAUCAAUCGAAUUGUAGCUUUGUAAAAUUUUUCUGACAAUUCGCAGAAGGGAUAUUGUGUAAAACAUAAUAAAUUUGUAUUAUAAA